AUGUUCGACUUGAGGACGAAGGUUAUGAUCGGUAUCGCAAGCACUCUGCUGAUUGCUGCAAUCAUGCUGAUAACUGUUGUCCUCUGUCUUUAUCUGAAAAUAUCCAAGGCCCUGAAAAUCGCAAGGGAGGCUGAAAGCUGUAUUGAUCCAUGCAAGGACCCCCAAGAGAAGAUCAACCGGGCCAAGCCCAUUGUUGCCGAUACUUGUCGUACCUUCCAGUGCUGUGAUGACUGUAGCAUCUAUAAGGAUAUUGGCACCCUGCCACCUUGCUAUUGUACCACAAAUGAGGGACUCUGA